AUCGUAUUAUCUGCAGUCUCUGCAGUACAGUCAGUACUCAUGAGAGUGUCAUCAGACUGUUUAUUAAUUUCGAUAAAACCUGAUUUAAAUUACAAAUUUUUAGAAUUGUUUUCUUCUAUUGUGAAAAGCUGAAAAACCCAAAAUGAAUAUUACAUCUGCUGCGGGAAUAAUAUCCCUUCUUGAAGAACCGAUGCCAGAGUUGAAAGUGUUUGCCUUGAAAAAAUUGGAUGUUAUAGUUGACGAGUUUUGGCCUGAAAUUUCUGAAGCAAUCGAAAAAAUUGAAAUACUUCAUGAAGAUAAAAAUUUCAAUCAUCACGAGCUUGCAGCUUUAGUUGCAAGUAAAGUUUAUUAUCAUCUAGGAAGUUUUGAGGAUUCACUUACGUAUGCUUUAGGAGCUGGGGAAUUAUUUGAUGUCAAUGCUCGAAAUGAAUAUGUUGACACAACAAUAGCAAAAUGUAUUGACUUUUAUACACAACAACGUGUAUUGGAAGCUGAAGGAAAGUUAUCCUUAGAUAACAAAGGUAUAGAUCCCAGAUUGGAAGGAAUUGUUAAUCGAAUGUUUCAACGAUGUCUAGAUGAUAAUCAAUAUCGCCAGGCAUUGGGACUCUCUCUUGAAACUAGGAGGAUGGAUAUAUUUGAGGCAGCCAUUAUGCAAUCUGAUGAUGUCAGUGGAAUGUUGUCGUAUGCAUUUCAAGUUGUGAUGAGUUUAAUUCAAAAUCGUGGUUUUCGAAAUACUGUUUUACGAUGCUUGGUUUCAUUGUACCGCAAUUUGGGAACUCCUGACUACGUUAAUAUGUGUCAAUGUCUGAUUUUUCUUGAUGAUCCAUUGGCAGUAGCUGAACUCUUGGACAGACUGAGUAAAGGAUCUCAAGAUUGUGUCUUAAUGGCCUAUCAGAUCGCAUUUGAUCUUUACGAAUCGGCAACUCAACAGUUUCUUGGACGUGUUUUGCAAGCACUGAGAGCUACUGCCCCUAUUCCAGGCGCUCUUAUGGUUAAGCCAAUUGUCAAACCAACAAACAUCAAUACCACCGAACCAGUAGUUGCUGAUUCCGCCGCCGCCUCUUUAGAUGUUGAAAAUAAGGUAAAGGUGACUGAAGAAGCUUCUCAACGCAGUAUAGACAGUUUGAAUUCAGAAGAACGAGAACAACAGGAAAGAGUUGAUGCAUUAUCAAGUAUUUUAGGAGGUGAAGUGUCCAUUGAUUUACAUUUACAGUUUUUAAUUCGUAGUAAUCAUACAGACAUGCUGAUAUUAAAAAAUACCAAGGAUGCAAUUCGUGUUUCAAUAUGUCAUACUGCUACUGUAAUUGCCAAUGCCUUUAUGCAUUCUGGUACUACAAGUGAUCAAUUUCUUAGAGAUAAUUUGGAAUGGUUGGCUCGAGCUACGAAUUGGGCAAAACUUACUGCAACUGCUUCUUUAGGAGUAAUUCACAGAGGUCACGAGCAAGAAGCUUUGGCUCUAAUGCAGUCUUAUCUGCCCCGUGAUACUGGUGCAGGAGCUGGUUAUUCAGAAGGCGGUGGAUUAUAUGCGCUUGGUCUUAUUCAUGCAAAUCAUGGAGCAGCCAUUACAGACUACCUUCUGGGACAGUUAAAAGAUGCUCAAAAUGAGAUGGUGCGUCAUGGCGGUUGCUUAGGUUUAGGAUUAGCUGCCAUGGGAUCUCACAGACAAGAUGUAUAUGAACAAUUGAAAUUUAAUCUUUACCAAGAUGAUGCUGUAACUGGUGAAGCGGCAGGUAUUGCUAUGGGGAUGGUAAUGUUGGGAUCUAAAUCAACUCAAGCUAUUGAGGAUAUGGUUGCGUACGCACAGGAAACUCAACAUGAAAAAAUUUUACGAGGACUUGCAGUGGGAAUAGCUUUUACUAUGUAUGGUCGUCUUGAAGAAGCUGACCCUCUGGUGGCAUCACUAACUGCUGACAAAGAUCCUAUACUUCGAAGGAGUGGAAUGUAUACUUUAGCUAUGGCGUAUUGCGGAACAGGAAACAACCAAGCAAUUCGUAAAUUGCUUCAUGUUGCAGUUUCAGAUGUGAAUGAUGACGUAAGACGUGCUGCAGUUACUGGUCUGGGAUUCCUUUUAUUUAGGACCCCAGAGCAGUGCCCUAGUGUAGUAUCUCUUUUAGCUGAAAGUUACAAUCCACAUGUUAGAUACGGUGCAGCAAUGGCCUUGGGAAUUGCUUGUGCAGGUACAGGAUUAAAAGAAGCCAUUGUACUUUUGGAUCCAAUGACUAAUGAUCCUGUCAAUUUUGUAAGACAAGGAGCUUUAAUCGCCUCUGCAAUGAUUUUGAUUCAACAAACCGAGGCUACAUGUCCUCGAGUAAAAGAUUUUCGUUCCCUUUAUGCCAAAGUUAUAGUGGAUAAACAUGAAGAUGUUAUGGCAAAGUUUGGUGCUAUAUUGGCUCAGGGUAUAAUUGAUGCAGGUGGACGUAAUGUAACAGUUUCACUUCAAUCCAGAACUGGACAUACAAAUAUGCUAGCUGUCGUUGGGGCUUUAGUAUUUACACAGUAUUGGUAUUGGUAUCCGUUGGCUCAUUGCUUAGCAUUGGCUUUUACCCCUACUUGUAUAAUAGCUUUAAAUGCCCAGUUAAAAAUGCCCAAGCUGGAAAUCAAAUCGAAUGCACGUCCCAGUAUUUAUGCUUAUCCAGCGCCAUUAGAAGAAAAGAAACGAGAGGAGCGAGAAAAAGUUACUACAGCCGUGCUGAGUAUAGCGGCUCGAGCUAGAAGAAGAGAAUCAGAGAGGCGUGCUCGAGAUACCCAUGAAAAAAUGGAUGUUGAUAUAUCAACUACUGAAAUAAAAGAAAUCACGGAAGUGAAAGAAACGGGAUUAAAAGAUAAGGAUGAAAAAAAGAAAGAUAAAGAAGAAAAAGAAUCCAAGGAUUCAAAAGAAAAAAAGGUGAAAGAUGAAAAGGACGAAAAACUUGAGAGAAAGGAAUCUGAACCUAAUUUUGAAAUUCUACAAAAUCCAGCACGAGUUCUCCGUCAGCAGAUGAAAGUAGUGCAAUUAGUUGAAGACAGUCGUUAUAUUCCUGUUAAAGAUAUUCAAAUUGGAGGAAUAGUUAUGGUUAAGCAUAUUCAGAUAGGAAAAGAAGAAGAACUUGUGGAACCAGUUGCUGCGUUUGGCCCAAAACCAGACGAAGAAAAAGAAGCAGAUACUCCAGAACCAUUUGAUUAUACUGAAGAGUAAAGUAAAAAUAGAUUUGUAUUCUUUUUCAGUUAUAAAGGAAAUUACAAUAAUAAUAAUAUUCCUUCACAUAUUACUACAUUUACUAAAAUUUGUAAUAAAAGUUAUCAAUAAAAAAAAUUAAAAUGGAAA